AUGUCCAACAAAAGCAGCAAUCGGUCUUCACGCCGUGAAUAUGAUACUGGUUUCCCGGAUGCGUUUGCCGAAUACACUACAUCACUUCGCCAUCCGGAUGCAAAUGUCAACCCUGGAGCCUGUAUCUCGGCGGAGGAUAUUGACCCAUCAAAAACAUUGCAUCGGACACGUAGAUCGUUCCUAGCAAGACAUAAGCGAACAGUAACCCACGGCAUCAUAUCUAACGGUUCAGACUCUAAACGCGCAAGCCGCUCGACGUUAAUACUACCCACGAUUGACAGCGCCGUCGAUGUGGGCGAUCUGAAGCAUACGGAUACAAAUGGCAGCUUUGGAAACUCGUCCAAAGAUGGGACCGAUAGCCUUCACGGGGACCGCUGCUCCCUAUCUCUCACCGCAUCAAACGAAGACGAUUUCACUGAUGAUGGCCGACACCGGGUUAAGCUCUUCCGGAAAUGGCGUAGUCAGAAGGACUGA